ACAAUACUGCUGGAUGACACUUGGUAUUUUUCCUGUCAGCGGCGACCAUUUUAAAAAUGAACGCAGUAAGCAUGGCUGCUAGAACCCGGAGCCGGAUGUUUUCAGCAAGGUCAAUCGCGUGAUUGUUUAUCCGCCAUUUUGUAUUACUGUUCAGGGUCCAGUUUUCCUUGAAAUUUUUGUCUCGCAGUGGUGUGAAUUUUGGAAAAUGAAAAGCGUCAAACAAUCUCGUAACAAAGUUUGAAACCCAUGCCAAACGGAUUCGUUGAAAAUCGUUGUUUCCCAACUGUACAAACAUUCAGCGCAUUUUUAAACCACCCUCUAUCCCCAUACGCAAAAAAAAACUAUAAUAAUGACGAUCUGUGACAAGUUGGCUUUGACUCGUAACCCAACUUUCUUUACAUUAUUUUGAGCUCUAAUGGCGAUUACCAAAUAAAUCGCAGGGUUUUCGCUCGCUCCUACAACGCAAGAAUGUCGGGACAGAGCGGAGGAUAUCGACUGCAUUUAUCUACCCUUAACGAGCAGUUGACUUGCAAGCUAUGCAGAGGAUAUUUUAUAGAUGCCACUACGAUCAUCGAGUGUCUUCACUCAUUCUGCCGUAGCUGCAUCAUCAAAUAUUUGGAGAGUAACAAGUAUUGCCCGAUAUGCGAAGUACAGGUUCACAAGAGUAAACCGCUCCUGAACAUCCGACCAGAUCACACACUCCAAGACAUUGUUUACAAACUAGUUCCUGGCUGCUAUCAGAAUGAAAUGCGAUGCCGCCGUGAAUUCUACAGCAAGCAUCCCGAUGCGAGGUCGCAAGCCAGCUCCCCGGAGUCUAGGGGCGAGCCGAUCGAGUCUCACAUUUACUCUCUGGACGAGUCGCUGAGUUUGUCUUUGGAAUAUUACAUCCCAAGCUCAAAGGAUCAAGGCGAAGGUGAUAAAGAAUCGGCAGCCAAGACAUUGCCCCGAAGAUAUUUGAGAUGUCCAGCUGCAGUGACUAUCUUUCAUCUGCAAAAAUUGAUACGUGCUAAAUACGGGCUGAGUGAAGCUCACAGAGUGGACAUUAUGUACAAAGAAGAACCCCUGUGUGGCAACUAUACACUUAUGGAUGUCAUGUACAUUUAUCACUGGAGACGAAAAGUACCGUUGCAUCUUAGCUACAGGAUAUUUGAGUCUUCGCCGAAGCGUUUAAAGCUGUCCGAAGAUAAUCACAUGUACGAAAAGAUACUUUCUAAUACCAGGGUAGAUUCGAUCGAAGUAAAGCGUGAGCAGAGCGAAAAGCGCGAGUGGAAAGAGGUGCAAUUAAAGAUUUCCGAAACUGGUGUCAUGAGCGUAACGAACAUAUCUAGUUUUGAAAAGAAAAGUGCUAGCAAUGGCGAUGGUAACUCAGAGGAACUGAUUACUAUCGAUAAAAACGUUGACAAAGUCGAAAAAAUGCCUGAAGUUGAAAAAGAGGAGAAAAAUGAAGCUCCGAUACUGGAGAGUUUGAUCAAAAAAGAAGAGCCUGAUAAAUCUAACGUUGAAACGUUACUAAGUACAACCAUUCCUCAUACCGAAGUAACUGAGAGUAGCAAAAACUUUUCGUUCACACAGGAAACAAGAAUGGUCUCGUCUAAGUCUGAGGGCAGCAAAAAUACCGAUUGUUCAGAGUCACAGAAACCUGUGCCAAUGCUGGUAGAAAAUUCCUCAAAGGUGGUAACAAGGUUCGACACCGAAGGUGAGAGUCUUGUGAGUCAGACGCCGAAGGCCAACAACCAAAGCAAAGUGAAAAAUAGUUCGACUCAGGAUUCAAGUCAGGUGAAAAAUAGGCAGGAAUGCACCACCUCGAGUACAAAAAAGGCCGAUAGCCGGCUAGUGAAUACGAAUAAUAAUUUAAUAAGCACAGAGACGAAGGGUAAUCCGAAUCAGAAAGAGAAUUCUAAAAACUCUGGAAAGGAGAUAAAAAGUGCCUCGACGAGUAUCGAGACCAAACAAAUCGUUCCCAAUUCUAUACUUUCCUUUCAACCCAAAGUGGGACAGGUGAACAAUACGUAUUCUAAGAAGAUUCCGAAAGAAAAAAAGACAAUGCUGCUUAACUCGAGGAAAUUGGAUUCCAAAACAGCUCCAGAGCAAUCGAAGAGCGAUGUUAAGCCCUUGGCGUAUUUUCCCAUCACAAAAUCUCAAGCAACGGCCACCGUUUCGUUAACCAAACUGGCUACCACUGUUGUCUCAUCACCUCACUCCACAACUAUGGCUACACAGGCGGUAAAUACAUUUGUGAGCAUGCCACAGGGUGGUUGUCUCUUUGUUUCAGCCCCUCAAAUGACGACGUGUGUUUUAUCAACUACUACCACAAUGUCGAGCAUUCGAAGUCCACCGACUGUGAACAAAAGUAUCCUGCCGUCGCCUCAGAGGUUGGAUUGCCAAUCCACAAAGCCAGUAGAUUCUAAGGCAGAUUCUACGGCAACAUUGAAAUCGGAUUCGACUGGCCAGAAAGUCUUCCUGGUCAAGAAUAAUAACAAUAACCCGCCGACCACCAGUCAGAGCUUAGCUUCCAUCGGUCUUAACAUUUCCACAACCCUACCUGACUCGGUGGCAAUGAGUCCAAGCGUAUCGCAUGCCGUGCAGAAUCUUGUGAGCGUUUCCCAGACAAAAAGCACUGAGUCUAAAGGUGAAAAUAGCUUGAAAAUCGGUAGUUCAAGUGGACGGCAAGGCCCCGCUCCCUCGGACAUACAAAUGGUGGCCCAGAGUCUGAGUGCUCACUCUGGUUCGUCACCCAUCAGUAAUAGUCCCCGUUUGUCCUCGUCACAAACUUUGACCGGUACCAAGAGAACGAGCUCGCAAUCCGGCAUCGAGAUAACCAGCAUCUAUACAGUACCGCCGUGCCCGGAUGCCAUUCCUAUAUCUUUGAUGCCGAUGAAGCCAACGGUGCGAAAGAACGAGAUAAUAGCCAAGGGGACUAAUUUGAACGAGAUAUGCGCCAAAAUUGGGGAAAGUUCUAAGGAGAAAAUCAAAGCAGCGACAAGAUCGAAGCCGGAGUUACCGAAUCUAUUGAAAAUAACGAAAAAAACUUCGGUAGAUUCCAGCAAAUGUAUUCCCAACGUACCUAACAUCCCCGUCUACACAUCUAGCCAAAAUUUAAUCCCGUCGGAAGAAAAGCCGAACGCUUCCGUUGCUAAAGAAACACCCAAGAUCGGCUCUGUUGUUUCAACUUCUCAGUCAGUCCCGACAUCCGUGUCAUUGCAGAAGGGUUGUUCCAUCAAGAAACAGUCGCAGCCUGUUGGCUAUAAAACACUAAGAGAUCCGCCAAAAUCUUGGAAUCCGACAUUGUCGAAAAACAACUACGUUGCUGCCAGGAAUCAGGCCAAAGAAAUGCAGACCCAAAGUCAGGGGAUCUCGGCGUCGGAUGGCAACCAUACCAAGCCAAUAACUUCCAAGCCUGCCAAGAUAUUCAAGAUGCGGAACAUGCCGCGAUAUCUGGGCAAUCCGUCGUCUGGCGUUAAGCGAAUGUACGGAGUAUCGAAUGAGAGCAAAGACAAGGAUCAAACUGUGCAGAAUCCUCCAAAGAACAGCUCUCUCAGCAUGAUGACCAUCGACCCUAAAACUCUGUCACCAAUUGUGUCCAGCGCCAAUGCACCCAUCGUCACACCGCCCCCUUAUUCCCCAACUGCGAGGAGCUACCAAAACACCCAAUUCUCCAGAGAUAUGUGCCGCAAUCCAGGUUCGCCCAUAUCGCCAAGGAAUUCGCCAAUCAACAUGCUCUCGACGAAUCCCUUCAUACCAUCGCCCACGUUGACCACAAACCCUAAACUAAUAUACACCCACUUUCCGCCGCCGUAUCCCGACACGAGCCGCUUUCCGAACCCCCUCAUAAGAUCGCCGAUCGGAAUCCCCUCACACAGUGCCUUUCACAGCAGCCUGCCUGCUUCCAUCAACAAAUACCAACGCUGCAACUAUCUUCCGGCAGCCGCAGGCUACACGACCGCGCCUCCUCCUCCGACGAUUCAGAAAAUUUUACCUAGCAUGCACUCUUCCCCCAAGUCACCAAAAUCCACUUCAAUCAAUAACAGUCCCAUGUUUCCCGUGGGCAAAAGCGAAGCGCAGCUUCCAACGAGGGUGGAGAACAUUGCUUUGCAUUUGGCUAAAAACGCAGCUCAACAAGAGCUCAAUAUAUUUAAUCUUUCGAAGACAGGAAAUCCGGCAUCGAAUAAUUUCCCAAACCUGUUGACGACCACCACCGUUACACUUGUCACGUCUGCUGGGUUCGCAUCGACGGACACUUUGCCAAAUGUCACAACCCAGACAACCGCGAGAUCCAAGCCUCAGCUGGAGGUAAAAGUAUCCGAGACGGAGAGUCCUAAACUAAAGUCCAAAGAACCAGAAACUGUGGUUCUUGAAAGCACCCAAGGAUCUCCUUUGACGCCGAAGGUGAAAAGUUGCGAGGAUGACUCGGAAGCGAAGGAAGAAAAAGAUGUUGAAAAGAAGAAAAAAACGCUUACAAAAGUUAAUGGCGACGUAGCUACCCAAAAUACAAGUCCUGCGGAAAAAACUGAGAAGGAACAAAAGCUGUCAAAAAAUACCGAGGCAAGUUCAGUUUCUACAGAGAUAAAACAAUCGAACCUGAAAGAGCUUGAAAAACCAGAAAAGCAGGUAGAAAUAAAUACUGAAAAGAUGUCUACUGAAGCUAAAAGCGAGGAUGCAGUUCGCAAAAUGGCUGAACCGAUUCAGGGGAAGAAAUCGGAUGUACAAAGAAACAAGCCGGAAUCGUAAUUGAAAGACGCAGGUGGUAAUAUUUGUAUACUGUAGUUCUGAGUUUAAUGAUUUCGCCGGUUGCAUACUGAGUAGCACCCUGUAUAUUACUGUAAAUAGUCGAUGGAAAUAUUGUUAUUUACUAUAUUAUGUGUUGAGCACAGAUCUUACAAGAAUAAGUUGGUUUUAUCGAACGGGCGAUUAAAUUCGAAGAUACUGUUAUGUCAUUUUUUUUUUUUUUUUUUUUUUUCACAGUUUGGCACGUUAAAUGAACUAAUCGUUCUUCUCUUUUUUAAUUUCUCUUUAAGCUCAUUAGAAUCUUAUUGCCGGCUAAUUCGAUCGAUUCGUAGGCAAUUUUAUUUUAUCCUCGUGUAUGGUCAGUUGUAGUUUUACAUUAUACUUAUUUCAUCCUUUCUGACUAAAACCAAUCAGCCUUCGAUAGUACUGUCAAAUAUUUAAUAAAAAUUUAUCAUGUACUACCCACUACACGUAACUAUAUUACACAAUUUAAUGUAUUUAUAAAGAAAGUUGAUUAGUCGCAUAAAGAGAUCAUCAAAUUGUACAUUAUUUUUUAUUUAAAGAGUUUAUCACACUCGCGAAUCUGUAAGUUUAAAAAAAAAAAAUUUAUAUUCAACUAUUAAUAAAGUUAUAAUAACUAUUAUUAUUACGAUCAUUAUAUAAUUAUAAUUUUAAAAUAUACAUAUUAUAUAUACGUAUAUCACUUAAAUUGUAUAAGCGAUAACAAAAACGGUUACGGACUAUAAAUGUUAACGCGUAGGCAUGUAAUUAACGAUUAAAUUAAUAUGUUAUUUAAAAGAAUUCAUUUUUAUGUUUGUUGAUUAACAAAUAAUUAAUUUAAUAGAACAGAGGCCUGAAUAUUUUUAAUACAUGCGAUUACUAUUAUUAUUAUUAUUCAUGCAUUCGCUCCCUAUAGGUGAAAACAAUAAGCAGAUUAAUUAACGAAUUAAUACAUAAUUAAUUCAUUAAUUAAUUCAAAGGAGAAAAAAAAUACUAGAAUUAUCCGGUACCGUAAUUUUUGGUAAAAAAUAUAGACAAAUAAGAAAAAGACUUGUAUCUCACAAUGGAAUAGUCAAGUGCAAUUUUUUCAUUGAUACGGCGAGCUCUUCUCAUGAAAUGUGUAUAAGCAAAGUGUCAAGAAAUGAGAAGAUUAAUUGAUUAAUCAAUUUUAAGUGUAAAUAGAUCUGGUUGCUCUGAUGUAUAAUCCAGAGAAUUAAUAAAAGUAAGAGAAGAACAGAUAAGGUAAACGUGGAUGUAGCGAAUAGAAGAGGAUUAUUUAAAA